UCUACUCAUGGACAUAUGAACAUAACCUAUUCUGUCAGUGGUUUUGCCAUGUGCUGCUCGUUGUUCCUCUUCUCAUGAAUGCUGUAAUUACAUAUGAUUUAAUUGUUCACUUCAUUACCUUCUGCGUUUUACUAUAACAUUGAACAUAAUAACAUAAAUAAACUAAAUCAUGGCGAUGUUAGCAGAAAGAAAACGCAAAGUUAAAUGGGCUUUAAAUCCGCGUGGAAAACAAUGGAGUGAAGACUCUAAUAAAUUCGGACAAAAAUUACUGGAAAAAAUGGGUUGGACCAGCGGUAAAGGCUUGGGUGUGAAUGAAAGUGGCAUAACAGAACAUAUAAAAGUAGCAUUUAAAAAUGAUUCACAAGGAAUUGGUUACAAACUAAGAGAUGACCAAUGGACACAGCAUGAAGAUCAAUUCAAUUCAUUGUUAAGUUCAUUAAACGGUGAAUCUAUUGUUAAAAAUGAUACACAAGUAGAAGAAGAAGUCACUUCUUGUUCUGGUUUUGGUUUCAAAGACAAAAAUAAAGAAACUGUAGUUAAAGAACUUAGUGGAGAAUCAUUGGAAGAUAAAUCUAAGAAAUCUAAAGCUAGAGUACAAGGAAAGGAUAUAUCAAGGUAUAGUGAAAAGGAUUUAGCUAAUAUUUUUGGUAAAAAAGUGGAUGAUAUUAAAACUGAAGAGAACAAAACUGUUUCAAAUGUUGAGAGUGAUCCACCAAAGGCUACAGAAGAUAAUGAGAAAAAAGAUUUUUCUUUCGGAAUAACAACUAUUGAGACAAAAUUAAGUAUAAGCGACUAUUUCAAAAGUAAAAUGCCCAUUAAGAAAACCAAUAAAUAUAUUGUGGGCUCUGAUGGUGUUCUCAAAACAUUAAAAGAAGAAAAUGUUAACAAUGACCAAGAAAUAGAUACCUUUAGACCAUCUUUCAAUCUCAAUGAAAAGAUUAGUAAAGAAGAAGAAUCAGUUCGGUCUACAGAGCAUGAAAUAACAUCUGAAUUUGAUAGACAAGAUGGUUUUCGACCUUCUUUCAAUUUAGAACAAACUGAAUCAUCGUGCAAUGUAACUAAUAAAGUUGAAAAUCACAAUUCUAAAGGUGCAAUAACAGAAAACCCAGAUACUAAUAUGGAGGAAAAUACAGCAUAUAAAAAGAAUAAAAAAAUAAAGAAAUCUAAAGAAGAUGUGAUGGAUGUCAUUCCUGAUCCAAAAGAAAUUAUAGAAUUUGAUCAAAAUUCUAAUGAUUGCAAAAUUGUUAAAAAGAAAAAGAAAAAAGAUAAAAAAUCUAAAUCAACAAAAUCGAAUGCUGACAAUGGCAUGGAUAAUGAGGAAUCUAAAACUGUCACAUCGGAAGAUACUACUGAUGGAUUAGAGGUUCAAAAUAAGGGAAAACAAAAGAAUAUAGUUAAACACAAUAUUUUGGAUGGGGAAUUGCUUAUUAAUGGUGAUGUUGAAAAUGUGUUAGAAACUGCAGAUAAAUCAAAAAAGAAGAAGAAAAAGCACGUAUUUCAAAACAAUGAAAUAAAUGAAAAUAUUUCAAAAGAUGAAUCAGUGCUAAAUGUGGCUGAAUGUACAUCUAAUAUUUUAUCAGAUAAUUGUAAUAAGAAAAACAAAAAGAACAAAAACAAGGAUAUUAGUUUAGAUGAGGAGAUUAUUGUACAUAGUGAAAAAGAGCAGAAUAACAUUAACACAAUUGACAAAGGCAUUGACAGUUGCAUAAAAAAAAAAAAAGUAAAAAGAAUAAGAAGAAAAAAUCAAAAGAAUAUAGUAACGAAGCUGAAGAAAUACCGAAUAUGAAUGAAAAUGAUGUGCAUGAAGAACCUGAAAAUAAGAUUUCAGAAAAUGACAUAUGUAACAAUAAUGAAAACACCGA